AUCUUUGCAGAAAGAUGAGUAGAUUGAUUACAUAUUUCUUUCGUUAUGUUAUCGUAGUUGUUUGAGAUUUUGCUGUUAUUUCUAGCAUGUGGAUAGCCUGCUUGAAGGCCAAGGCCGGAGAACUGAAAGUUUGAAAAUGCGAUUUUUAAAAAUGUUCUUUUUCAGAAUCGGAUCUUCCAUAACCAAAAACAUAAGAUUCCGUAAAAAAAAAAUCUAUAUAUAUAUCCAUUUUCCCAAAAGUUAUGACGGAAAAAUCGGAUCUUGUAAAUUUUCCGAAAGUCCUCUCCCAACCCCAGAGAUGAAACAAGAUACUUCACUGCUGUCUCCAGUUUCAAGAAUUUCAACUUCAGAGAUAUUGAUCAAAGAAUUCAUGAAAAAGAUGAAAGAAGAAAAAUGGAGCAAAAAAAUUCCUGAAAAUAAACAUCGCGAUUCCAAGCUAAAAAGAGGAAAGAAGGCAGCCAAAGUAAAGGAGUACCUGGAAUUUCCAUCCCGUUGUAUAUUUGCUUUUAUAACUUCAUUUAUAUUUUUAUUUCUAGUUUUUUACAUUUCCCAUUGUCAUAAAAUUCCAGCUUGGGAAAGACAUUCAGUGUCUGAGUCUUUAUCAACAAAGAUAAUUGGUCAGGAUUUAGCUAUCCACCUUGUUGUAGAGUCGUUAACAAAUUACAUUAAGAGUUUAGAGACUAACUAUCCACAACCACUGGUUUUGUCUUUCCAUGGAGGUGUUGGAGUUGGGAAAACCUAUUUGGCUUCUCUUCUGUAUAAAUAUCUUCCUGAAAAUACUCAAUCAUCUAUAUUUUCUUUCUCACAUCAUUAUAAAUUUGAUUCUGCCCAAAAUAGUGGAAACAAACUUUUGACUUGGAUAUACACAGAGUUAUCACCAUGUCACUGGAAUAUAUUUAUUCUUGAUGACUUUGAAGACACAGGACCUGCUCAACAGAUCCUCACAGAGACUUUAACACAUUUAAAAAAUUCAAAUUUCUAUAAGUAUACUUAUGCUCUAUUCAUAAUCAUAACUACCGUAAACUCUGAAAAUAUAAAUAACAUUGUGUUCAGAAAAGUGCAAAGUGGCAAUCAGAACAAGUUGAAAUUAACUGAUUUUGAACAUGUAUUUCAAAAAGAUAGCCAAAAUGAAUGGUUUUUUAAAUUACACAAACAGGGUCUCAUUGAUGCUGUUGUACCUUUCUUUCCCCUUAAUAAGACUAAUGUUUUAGAAUGUAUAAAAGCUGAAUUAGCUAAUCAUCAUCAUAUUAUAAAUGAGGACUUUGCAAAGGAGGUAUUGAAGGAAAUAUACUUCAAUUCUACAAAGGGCUUCAAUUAUGAAUAUUCCAGCUCAGGCUGCAAAAAAGUAUCUGACAAAAUAUAUUUACGGAUGAAUAAAACAUCGACUUAUUAAAUUCA